UGUCAGCUGGUUGUUAACUGCAGACGAAUGUUGUGACUAACUCGUUUUCAAACGUGCAACUGUAAUGCCGAGAAGAUCACAUGUUCCUCUCCACUUUACAUGGAAUACAGCUAAACAUUGAAAUAACAAUUGUUAGAAAAAAUGCCACCCUUUACGUUAGGUCACUUUAGUCAAGUAUGCUGCCAAUUGUUGAAUCAUUAUUUUGGCGAAAUCGUUGGACAAGUUGGAGCCUACUUGCUCCGGCGGGGCCAUCGUCCGUUAUUCGACAUUCCUUGUGCAACCGGAUUAUCUAUCGCUGAAGUCAUGAAAGCCUUGGCUGUGAUGGUUCAACAUAACCUAGUCAAGUUUGAAGCAAGUGAAAGGAAUAACAACAUUGCCGAAUACUCAGUUAUCCCUCACAAUGUCUAUUGCCUUCUUAGAUAUCCAAAAUAUCUAUACAUGAUCAAGAGGAUUUAUGGAACUUCGGAAGAAAUUUUACUGGAGGUUUUACUGAAUUUAGGCCAAGCCAGUGCUUCUAAUGUAAUUUUCCAAUCUGCAAAUAGGCUCAAAGAAGCUAAUGAUGACAGUGAAAUAUCAGACCCCUCCACUCUCCAUCAAAGUUUUCUUAAGCUUGCCCAAGAUAAUUUCAUCAUUAGGUGUCCAAAACUAGCUGAUAAUGCAAAUAUGCAAAAAGUGCCUACACUCGUAGUUGAGGAGAAAGAAAAAUUUACAGUUCCACACGUUGAGAUAGGACCAAUAGCUAAAUUGUUGAAAGAAAAUGCAACCCAACUAGGCGAACAUGGUGACAGUGAAGUAAUCUGGCGUGUAAAUCACGACAGGUUUGAUGUGGAACUGAGAAACGUGAUUCUUGUCAACGCUGCCGCCAGAAGAGUGGAUGCAACAGCUGGUGAAUUGUACCAUUUAAUCUUGAAACUCUGGCGCGAAUGUAGCAACCCUGAUUCACCUACCACAAAUGCUUUGUCGUUCAACGUCAUUAAGGAUGCUGUUAGAAAGAAUGAAGGCAGCAGUCCUAUCUUGUUGGAACAUUUUGAACAGUAUUUAAGGGUUCUGUAUGAAGAUACGUCUAGCUUAAUUGUCAAAGUAGGUGACGCAGGUGGUGGCCAAUUUAUACUCAACUACUCGACAGUUUUUGAAAAUUUGGCGUGUGCCACCUUGGACUCUAUUGUGUUGGAACGAUUCGGUUCCAAAGCCCUACGAUUGUUUAGGUUGACUAGGAUCCAAAAGUUUAUGGAACAAGAUCAGAUGCAGAACAUUGCAAUGAUCCCAGCCAAGGAAGCAAAAAUGUUUACUUACAAACUGCUGGAGCACAACUUUCUCCAAAUCAAGGAACUGAAGAAGGGCACAUCCAACUUUGCACCAGUCAAGUCCUUCAUUUUGUUUCACGUUGACUUGCCUCAGGUAGCUCGAACAUCAUUGGAGGCGAGUUAUAAGGGAUUAUUUAACGCCAUGGUUCGUCAAAUGCAUGACUUGACCGACAAUAAACGCUUGCUGGAUAAGCAUACUAGGUUGGAAACUUUGCUGGAAACUCUGCGUGGCGAAGGAUUGCCAGAAGAUGAACUUGCAUACUUAUCUGAUUCAAUGACUGCCGCCGAAAAGUCUUUGGUGGCCAAAAUCCACUCGAUGAACGAUCAAUUGACUUUGGGGCAAACUCAAGUAGAUGAAACUAUCCUCAUUUUGGAAAGCUAUUUGAAAUUCUCAUCAAUGACCUAAUGUGGCUUAACCUACGAAUCUUAACGUUAUUGAAGUAUGCUUUUUUUCUUUGGAUGCGAAGUUUACAAAGUUUAAUCAUCGAUCGGGAAACUUCCGAAAGAAUAAAUUGGGGUUGAAAUCUCA